AUGGAGGAUCACGGUUUUCCAGGUGACGACGUCGUUGAAAAGAUCGAAUUGGAUCCGUUGUUUGUCGAUUGCAGUGACUGGUUCAAUUUAGAACCCCCUGUUCUAUCUGAUUCAUCUCCGGUUGAGGCUUUUUCUAACCCUUCUCCAGAGUCAGUAUCUUCGAAAAUCUGUGAGAUUAAGAGCUUGUUGAUGAAUGAAGACUAUUCGAACGAUGAGCUUCCUCAAGAAGAGAAUCAGCAGUUUUGUUGCGAUUUUUUGGCAGAUAUAUUAGUCAAAUCCCCAGUUCAAUGCUCCGGUUCUGUUGAGGAUCUUGUGGACGCUCCUAUCGACAAGGAAACCAACAUCCAUGAUGAGUUUGAUCUUAUUUCCAGGCAAUUGAGGAAUAGGAAUGCUGCCUUGAGAUCAAGGGAGAGGAAGAAGAUGUAUGUGAGAGAUCUAGAGAUGAAGAGUAAGUAUUUGGAAGGAGAAUGUCGGAGACUGGGGAGGUUGCUUCAGUGCUUCGAUGCGGAGAAUCAAGCUCUUCGUCUGAGUUUACACAAUGGAGGCAGUGCAUUUGGCACUUCAUGGGCCAAGCAGGAGUCUGCUGUGCUCUUGUUGGGUAUGAAUCCUGGACUGUCUGUCCCUUAUUGCAUUUCUCUUGUAAUUGUAGCUCUCAGAAAGCUUGCCUGGUCUAGUGUGAGGUUAUACCAAGAAAGUCUCUUAAUAUAUCUGACAUAUGAUUAA